AUCAAGCAAUCAAAGAUGCAAGGGAUGAACCAAUUCUGACCAUGUUGAAAGUAUUAGAAGGUAUCUCAUGACAAAGUUGCAAAUUAGGAGGCAAAUGUGCAUGGGCUAGGAGGGUACCUUAUGUCCAAGGAUUAGGAUAAGGGUUGAGAAAACUUGCAAGCUGAUGGGGGAAUGUCAGGUUAUUUACAGUGGUGACAAGAUUUAUGAAGUAGCUCAGGACAUUUGUUGUGGACUUAAAUCAGAGGACCUGCACAUGCAGGAAGUGGGAUGUGUGUGGGAUACCAUGUCAACAUGGAAUGGCAGCAAUCAUCACUGACAAAUCUAAUCCUGAAGAGUUUGUUGAUGACUGCUUCCAUAUCAAUACUUUUGCCAAGACAUAUGACUUCACCAUCAAGCCAAUUCUUGACCAAACAAUGUGGGUUCGUAAGGACUUAACUCUUAUAGAACCUCCUCUUUUUAGGGUCAAGAGUGGUAGACCAAAAAAGAAUAGGAGGAAAAGGUCUGAUGAACCAAAGAAUCCUAUAGGAGGUCCCUCAAAAGGAGUCAAGAAGUAUUACACAUGCCUCAAAUGUAGAAUUUGCAAGCAGCUGGGCCACAAUUCUAGGACAUGUGUCCUCAAAAACCAAUAAACACAACUGUUGAACAAGAAAUGGCAAUAACAGAGGACUUGGAAAUGAUAAUGGCAGAGGAAAUGAUAAUUGCUGAGGAAAGAGGACUGGUUCCAUGCACAAGUACUGGAAGGACAAAAGACAAGAACACUGGGAGUGGUAGGGGAGCAAGAGGAGGGAAAAUUGCUGCUAGUGAGGAAGAAGAAAAGGAACAAGGGGUAGAGGAGGGAGAGGAAAGGUUGGUGGUGGUGGAGGUGGUGCACAAACAAGUGGUAGAGGUGGCACAAUGGUGCUUAGAGGGACUGGUAGAGGUGGUGACCCUGCUCCAAAUAAAGGACAAGUGGUGAUUAGAGGUAGAGGUAAGGGAAGAGGAAGAGGAAGAGGUGGAAGCACUCCUACUCUUCCUGGAGUUGUUAUCAAAGAAAGUUGUGAACAAUAUGGUGGAAACAAUGGAAAAUGUAAAGAACCAACUAUUGGAAAAGGUAAAGAACCAGUUAUUGCAAAAGCCAAAGUACCAAUUCCAAGGUUUGGAGGUGCAGAAACUGUUGCCCCAAGGGUUGGUCUACCAAACCCACAGGUA